UAAAACAGUUGUUCCCUGACCGGGAAUCGAACCCGGGCCGCGGCGGUGAGAGCGCCGAAUCCUAACCACUAGACCACCAGGGAAGUUAUAGUUUAUCGGUAUUGGAAACAAUUUGAUAAAUAUAAUAAUUGUUGAUAGAUAAAUAUGUAUAUAUUGUUUUACAAUUGUUGACAGAUAAAUAUGUAUAUAUAUAUUUCUUUUACAAUUGUUGACAGAUAAAUAUGUAUUUAUUUACUAUAUUUUAUAAAUAGUUUUAUAAGCCGUUUUUUUUUCUGAGCAAACACACUCUUGUCAACCCACUUGCACGUCGUGCACGAAUGAAAAUCAAACCCCUCCUUGUCUGACCAACAUCCGAGUGUCUUCCUCGUAGUAUAAAACCACUCGCCAAUCCUUCAUUCUGGCAACAACAAAAAAAAACCGAACAUUUACUGCGAAUAUAUUUCACUACUUAUUACAGGGUCGUUAGAGAGGGUUUUAUUUACACCAAACAACAUCUAUUUUAUAAAUGGGCCCCGUCGUCCAAGCGUUAACUCCCUUACUCGUCUCGCAGAUUGACUUGGGUGCAGCACGUCUCUUGGGUAACAAACAAAAGAAAGGGUUUCUAUCUAACGCAAUAUUCAACAAGAUCUGAAGAAUGGCAGCGAUCAACGCAGGCGGUUCUCUUGUUGCUACCAAUGACUACUACCGAAGGCGCAUCGGCUCCACCUCCAGCAGCAGCUCCUGUGGCAGUUCAGAGUACAGUGGGGAGGUCAUUCCACACCAUCCAGGUCUGCCCAAACAAGACUCUGGACAUUGGUGGUCCAGCUUCUUCUUUGGGAAGCAGAACCAGCCAGGAAUGACCACUCUGACGGAGGAGGCCAAGCAGAAGGCGGCGGCCAUGACUGUGACCAACGGCCAGGUGACCUGCGUUGCCAGGGAGAUGGUGAUGAAGAGGCAGGUCAGCGAGGGCAGCAAAGCCGGGACGUCCGAGCCGGGGAGUCCACCCCCGUCCUGAGAGAUGGGACAAACGCUAGGAGACCGAGGCUGCGUCCUCAUUCCCUAAACCCUUGAUUCUGUUCCAUCCUCCACACUACAUAGAAUGUAUGCCUGUUACAUUGCUUCAUACUAGGUAGUAUGGAUAUUGGAACGUAGCGUUUUAGUUUUUUUUGUCUUAGUAGGACAGGCUGACAAUGAUCGUUGUUUUUAUUUUGUAUCCUGUUUUUUAAUCUAUGAACAAAAUAUAUAUAUAUAUAAACUUUUUUACAUUUGUACUUAUCUGUAACACCGUGGUGCCCUAAACUUUUUGUUAACUUCUCCACUUUGUCACUCUGUGAUUGCAGAUGUCUAGUAAAAGUCACCUCAGCCUAA